UUGCAGAGCGAGAUGAUCCCAUCAUUAUCAUUUCGUCGUUUCUUUUUGGGUUUGGUAAUCUGCGCCUGUCUGUUCGUCUAUACAGAUGGCGCACUUGCGGCGAUGUCCAUUGACCUGGGUUCGGAAUUCAUCAAAAUAGCCAUAGUAAAACCUGGAGUGCCUAUGGAAAUCGUUCUCAACAAGGAAAGCCGUCGAAAAACUCCACAUACUCUAGUCAUUAGGAAUAAUGAGCGAUUUUUCGCCGAAGCUGCAGCAGCUAUGGCUGUCAAAUACCCGCAAGCUGGAUAUCAACAUAUUCUUUCACUUUUGGCCAAACAGAAUGGGGAUCCUAGUGUUGAGCUGUAUAAGAAAAGGUUCCCGUUCGUGGCGUUGGGCUUUGACGAAGUGAGAAAAACCGUUGUAUUUCCGUCAGAUAACGCUACAUACAAUGUGGAAACUCUGCUUGCCAUGAUCCUUUGGUCGGCCAGACAGGCAACCGAAGCUUAUGCUAUGCAGAGGGUUAAGGAUUGUGUGAUUACGGUACCAAUAUAUUUCAACCAAGCUGAGCGUCGUGCACUCGUUACCGCAGCUGAUAUUGCCGGUUUGAAUUUGCUUCAACUCCUGAAUGACGGAACUGCUGCUGCUCUCAAUUACGGAGUAUUUCGCAGAAAGCAAAUCACCGAUAAGCCCCAAACGAUGAUGAUCUAUGACAUGGGGGCAACAAAGACUACAGCCACCAUUGUCGAGUACGUCCUUGAGCCUGACAAGACCAGUAAAGUUGCAAAGACAUCAAAUCCUGUUGUGAAAACCAUUGGGGUUGGCUACGAUAGGACUUUGGGAGGAUACGAAAUCUCGCUUAGAUUGAGAGAUCAUCUGGUGAAGGUCGUCCGUGAAACCAUGAAAACAUCUACAGACAUCACGGAAAGCCCGAGAAGCAUGGCGAAGUUGUUGAAAGAAGCUGAUCGUGUAAAGCAGGUACUAUCUGCCAACAAGUAUCAUUUCGCACAAGUAGAAGGCCUCCACGAGGAACAAAACUUCCGUGCUAAGGUUACGCGUGAGGAGUUGGAGGAACUGAUCUCUGAUUUGGAGCCUCGUUUUAUCCAGCCCAUCAAAGAUGCUUUGGCUAUGGCUGAUAAGAAGAUGGAACAGAUAGAUCAGUUCGUAUUGAUGGGAGGCGGAACUCGCAUACCAAAAAUCCAGGAGGUGUUGAAAACUGUGCUGAAUGGAAAGGAAGUUGGACAUUUUCUCAAUACUGAUGAGGCAAUCGCUCUGGGAGCCGUAUAUCAAGCUGCUGAUCUUUCCAAAUCAUUCAGAGUCCUACCGUUUGGUGUCAAAGAAAUGGUGUUGUAUCCGAUCCAGGUCGCUUUCAAGACGAAGUCUGAGGAUGGAACAUACAAGGAUGUUGCCCGCCAGAUCUUCGGACACAAGUCUUUCUAUCCUACAAGCAAGAAAAUCAUAACUUUCCAGUCCUACACUGAUGAUUUUGAGGUCGACCUUCGAUAUGGAGCUCUGGAGCACAUGAACGAUGAACAGAAAAAGCAGUUUGGAUCAGUUGAAUUGGCGCAAAUUUCUGUCAAAGGACUCGCAUCAGCAAUCGAAAAUAAUGGAUCCUGUGCUGAGUGUGAAAUCAAGGGUGUGAAAACGAUUUUUGGCGUUGAUCUCUCUGGUAUCGUUUAUGUCACAAAGACGGAUUUUGUUGUGGAUCAAAAACCGUCAGCAGAAGAGUUGUCUGCGUAUGAGCAGGCUUUGAAGGACUACGAAGAAGCCAAAAGAAUCCGAAAGGAGAAGGAAGAGGCCGAGAAAAAGUUGAGAGAAGAGAAAGAAGCAGAGGAACGUAAAAAGAAGGCUGAAGAGGAAGCCAGAAAGAACGAAACAGAUGAAGAAGAAAAGGCUCAUGACGAGGGUGAAAGCGCGAGCUCCGAAAAUAAAACGGAAGAUGCUGAGUCGACUACUGCUAACGCUGAGAAAGCAGAAACUACAGAACAGCCUAAAGAAGAGAAGAAAGUAGAAGUAGAAAAACCUUUGAAAGCUCCAGUUGAACCCAAAACUAAGACACUGAAAAUACGUUUGAACACUACUGUGAUCUUCAAGGAUCUUCUCGAUUUGAACGAAGAGCAGAUUGCUGAAGCCAAGAAAAUUCUGGGUGAUUUCCAUGAUGCCGAGCAUCAAAAGCACAGACGAGAAGAAGCUAUGAAUGCACUUGAAGGACUGAUCUACGAUCUUGCUGUGAAGAUUGAAGAUGGUGAAGAGUUUGCAGAGUAUUUGACGGCGGAGGAUAAAGAAAAGAUUGCUGAAGAGCUGAAAAGACUGCGUGUUUGGAUGGAGGACGAUGUAGGCAUCGAGACCCCCACUGAGGACUUCAUCUCCAAUAAGGCUAUACUUGAUAAACUUACUGCUGCUGCACAUAACCGCAAGAAGGAGAGACUGAUGUACCCGAAAAUGGUUGAAGCCAUGAAGAGCAUUUUCAAUGAGUCGCAAACAUUCUAUAAAUUUGCACUCAACUUAACGACUGCAGAUGACCCUAUCUUUACAGAGACAGAGCUUGAGGUUUUGUCCAAACUAAUCAACACAACGACGGAAUGGUGGGAAGAGAAGAGCGUUGCAUACGAGAAGCAGGCAAAGAGUGAAGAACCCGUCAUGACUGCUGAAGAAGUAGCCACAAAGAUUCGAGAUCUUGAUCGCGAGGUGAAAUACCUGUUGAACAAGAUGAAGAACUUUAAACCGAAAAAGAAGGUGGAGCCUAAAGAAGCGGAGAAGACCAAUGUUACUGAUGAAGAUAGUACGACGGAACGCGCCGAAUCUAGCGUUGAGGAACCGAAAACGACCGAAGAUGUUGCCAAUGAAACUAAACCCGAAGAAGAAAAGCCCGAAACUAAAUCUGAAGAAGAAAAGGCUGAAAAACCGUCGUAUGUAACAGAUGGCAACAAUUCGAUGAAUUCUUCUCGUAAUGGAUUAUACAAGCCGAGGCCGCAAUUCUUCUUUAGUCUUGUUAAAGUCUACGGUUACGAAAGCUUUGACCAGGAUGUGGAUUCGAUAGUAAAAGGGCUGGACUGUGUGAUCUGGAGGCUAAACAGCUAA